GACAGAGGGGGAGAGACACGGGGGGAAGGACACAGGUGGAGAGACAGAGGGUGAAGGGCAGACGGGGAGAGACAGAAGGGGAAGGACGGAGGGGAGGAACAGAGGGGGAGGGGCAGAGAGUGAGAGACAGAAGCCUCCCUCACUUCCACCAGCUCCGUUUACCCCCCAAUAUAUUCUCCUUUGCCUCACCUGCUUCCCCCCAUCCCCUUCCCUGCUUCCCCCCAUCCCCUUCCCUGCUUCCCCCCAUCCCGCUCCCUGCUUCCCCCCAUCCCGCUCCCUGCUUCCCCCCAUCCCGCUCCCUGCUUCCCCCCAUCCCCUUCCCUGCUUCCCUCCAUCCCCUUCCCUGCUUCUCCCCAUCCCCUUCCCUGCUUCUCCCCAUCCCCUUCCCUGCUUCUCCCCAUCCCCUUCCCUGCUUCCCCCCAUCCCCUUCCCUGCUUCCCCCCAUCCCCUUCCCUGCUUCCCCCCAUCCCCUUCCCUGCUUCCCCCCAUCCCUUUCCCUGCUUCCCCCCAUCCCGCUCCCUGCUUCCCCCCAUCCCCUUCCCUGCUUCCCCCCAUCCCCUUCCCUUCUCUACACGGUGCAUAG